AUGUCAGGAAACUACCUGCGGGCCUGCGUGUGCGCGGCUCGGGGCGCGCCCUACGACGCUCACACGACCGGGAUGACGGGCGCCAUCAGCUACCACCCGUAUGGCAGCGCGGCCUACCCGUACCAGCUCAACGACCCCGCGUAUCGCAAGAACGCCACGAGGGACGCCACGGCCACGCUCAAGGCCUGGCUCAACGAGCACCGCAAGAACCCCUACCCCACCAAGGGCGAGAAGAUCAUGCUGGCCAUCAUCACCAAGAUGACGCUCACGCAGGUCUCCACCUGGUUCGCCAACGCGCGCCGGCGCCUCAAGAAGGAGAACAAGAUGACGUGGGCCCCGAGAAACAAAAGCGAGGAUGAGGACGAAGACGACGGGGACGCGGCGAGGAGCAAGGCCGAGAGUCCCGACAAGGCUCCGGAGGGCGCCGAGACCUCGGCGGAGGACGAAGGGAUCAGCCUGCACGUCGACUCGCUCACGGACCACUCGUGCUCGGCCGAGUCGGACGGAGAGAAGCUGCCGUGCCGCGCCGGGGACCCCUUGUGUGAAUCGGGCUCAGAAUGCAAGGACAAGUACGAUGACCUGGAGGACGACGAAGACGAUGAGGAGGAGGCCGAGCGGGACCUGGCGCCACCCAAGCCUGUGACCUCGUCGCCGCUCACCGGCGUGGAGGCGCCUCUGCUGAGCCCCCCGCCCGAGGCCGCGCCCCGCGGUGGCGGCGGCGGCAAGACACCCCUGGGCAGCCGGACGUCCAUGGCCUCUGUCGCUCAUAAUUCAGGCUACCUGAAAAAGCAGCUCAAGGGACAGAAAACCGAGACCUGGGGAACACAGCCAGAAUUUGUCUCAGAGAGGGGCGGUGGAGACGCGUUUGUGGGCCGUGUGCCGCCUGCGUGGGUGCGGGGCUGCCUGCGGAGCCAGCGGGCUGGGGGGUCGGGUGCUGACCAACUGCCCCCUCUCCUGACAGAUGCCGGCGAGGGCUGCACCGUGGUUGGCGGGGGCGUCCAGCCUAUCUAUAGAAGGGCCGAGCCCAGCAGCGCAAGUAGGUGUCACAAUUGCUUUGGGAAAAAAUAAAUAAAUAAAAAAUAAACUCAGCAGGCCAUUCUCUCUUCCCAAGCUCAUAAAUACACAGAUACAAAAACAGAUUUCUAAAUCCGGACCACAUCUCGUGCCACCGUAAAAGAGAAGGAUCCACACAGCACUAUCAACCCACAGACUAAGGACUGGAACAGACUGUUGUUGGACAUAUGUGAAUUUGUUGGCAUAGUAAUAGCUUCCUUGAUGUAUGUGUGACUUUUGAAAACAAUCUGUUUUUUCUCAGGAUAUCUUGAAUUGAUCACUUCAUUGCCACGGUAUAUAUUCUAUAGGUGUGAUAGGAUUUACUGUAAAAUUUAUUUGUAAAAGAUGUACACAGUAGAAAUAAAACGUGAUUGAAGAACUUGAGUACUUCAGAAGUGGAAACAAAUUUGAUAUUUAUUUUUAUAAUGAUAUAAAGCUUCUAGUAAUUUAUGCAAGUUGUAUUGCAAUGGAAUCUAAACUUUUGUAAAUAAAUUCUGCCUGGUUUUUAUUUGAACAUUGCUGGUUAUACAAUCUUUGUUGGUUGUUCAACACCAAUUCUUUACUAAUUUAUAUCUUAAAUUGUAAAUAAAAACAGACUAGUCUACAAUAA